AAAAUAAAUGUGCUCUUAAUAUUAUUAAGUGAUGGAGAAUAAAGAAAAUUAACUUUCGCCUAGCUAUUUUGAUUCAGUGGGCAAUCGUUGAGAAACUUCAAAAUUCGUAACAGAUAGACGACAAUUAGGUUUUAUUUAUCAUGUCAGAACCAGUACCUGAAGAAGCUGAGGUGGCUCCAGCUUUAGUCCAUGAUGAUGCAGAGGCAUCGGAAUACUAUUUCGAAAGUGACCCUUUGGCACUGAGAGAAAAUCAAGAUUAUCAGCUGCUUAUUAAUGCCCUUGUUAAAUUACAAGCCCAAAGAGCCAAAGCAGUGAAGGAUGUGGACCGUCUUUUGGAAGCACGGGAGGAGGCAAUGAAGGAUCCUUUAAAAUUUGUUACAGCUUUAGAGAAUGGAGAAAAUCUCAAUCUUCCAGGGCCGCAAGAAAUUAUCCAGAUACCUCAUAUUGACUGGGAAAAAUACAAUGUCCAUUCCUUAACACAAGGGAUGAGGCCAAAAACACGCAAGAGAAUCCACAAAGAAAGUCAGUCACCUCAUCAAGAAGUUACACAGGAAACAAAGGAUACUCAAGUCAUAGAUGGAAAAAUAUUAGUUCGUGGGCGUGCUUAUGAUGAAAGUAAACCACAGACGUUCAAUCAGUCAUGGAGUGACGAAGAGCAGCGAAAAUUAGAGGAGCUGCUGAUUAAAUAUCCAGAUGAACCGAUUUCAUACCAACGUUGGUCGAAGAUUUCAAAGGAACUUGGUACAAGGACACCACUGCAAGUUCAGAGCAGAGUACAGAAAUUUUUCAUUGCACUCAAGAUGCAAGGGUUACCUGUACCUGGUAGAAACCCAAGGAAAGCAGUUCUUAGAAGACAUUAUGGUACAAAAAGACGUGGAGGAUUAACAUAUUCACACGGUAAUGGGAAGGCAUCAUCCUUUAUGACAGCCUUUGACAUGUAUGAGGAGAAGCCUGAUGUGGGCAUAUCAGCACUGAACCAGCCAGAAUCUGCCACAGAAGUAUCUGAUGAGGAGGAUAUAGCAGAGGAGUUAAGGAAUAGUAAAGAAUAUCAAGAGCUCAUCAAACUAAAACAAGUUAAAGCCCUUAAGGAACAGGAGAUGAACACAGGAAUUAUAUCUCACAUUGGUUUUUCUCGCAGUAGGAUAUUGAUAUGA